AUGCCUAGUGAUCCAUCUGACCCACGAGAGAGAAAGGAGGUUGUCUACUUCCGAGCUGAUCCAAAGGACGUUAUGAUUGCGUCCUUAAAAAAGAAAGUUGAUGAAAAGGACAGAGAUAUCAUAAAUCUCUAUAAGAAGAUGGAGGAGCGCCCACCUCCUCGCCCGCUGCUCGACCCCCUCUGCGUCGCCCGCCUCGCCGAUUGCGCGCAUCCCAUCUCCGCCGCAUGGUCAGCCACCCUCCGCCGAGCUCCACCGAGCUUCGCCGCGUCUCCGCCGAGGAGAUGGACCUCUCCGGCGAUCUCCGGCACUGGGAGCUCGCACUAUCCAGCGACGACCGGCGCUUCAUCUCCCACGUGCUCGCCUUCUUCGCCGCCUCCGACAGCAUCGUCUUCGAAAACCUUGCCUCCCGCUUCAUGGCCAAGGUCUAGGUCGCCAAGGCCUGCGCCUUCUACGGCUUUCAGAUCGCGAUCGAGAACAUCCAUUCUGAAGCCGCCCGCUGCUCGAACCCCUCCGCGUCACCCGCCUCGCCAAUUGUGCGCACCCCAUGGAUCCGCAGUGGCCGUGGUCACCAUCAACCGCCCGGGCGCACUCAACUCGCUCACACGCCCCAUGAUAGUCGCGCUCGCAGGCGCGUUUCGCCGUCUCGACGCCGACGAGACCAUGGCCGCCGUGGUCCUCGCCGGGCGCGGCCGCGCCUUCUGCUCCGGCGUCGACCUCACCGCCGCCGAGGACGUCUUCAAGGGCGACAUCAAGGACCCCGCUGCCGACCCCGUCGCCGCCAUGGUCGCAUGCCGCAAGCCCAUCGUCGGCGCCAUCGCCGGAUUCACCGUCACCGCUGGGUUCGAGAUCGUCCUCGCCAACCCCUGCGCCGCCGAGGACGUCGCUUCUCGCCGACCCCAACUACCCGAGGCCGCGUCGUUCCUCGCUGACCCCUGCGCCCGAGGCCGCCCGCCUCCUUGCCGACCCUUGCGCCCGAGGCCGCCCGCCUCCUUGCCGACCCUUGCGCCGCUGAGGCCGUCGCGCCGAGGCCACCCGCUCCGAGGCCGCCCGCUCCUCGCCGACCUCUGCACCGCCGAGGCCUCCCGCUCCGAGGCCGCCCGCUCUGAGGCCGCCCGCUCCGAGGCCGCCUUCUUCCUCAUCCUGCUCCUCUCCUGCUUCACCCCCUCCGCACACCAGGUGUUCGACUUAAGUCCGCAACGAGCAGCGCUUCUUUUCCGACAGCAGCCGCUGCAUCUCGCGCAUCGCCAGCGGAUCCUUGAUCCCCCAUGACGAAGAUGAUACCGCUUGGAUCGACGCCGAGUUCAAGGCCGGGGCCGAGCAGAAGGAGGCCACCGAGAACACCCUCGCCGCCUACAAGGCUGACCAGGACAUGGUUCUGACGGAGUUGACGCCGACUAGUCACGCUCGCCAAUUGUUUGAUGAAAUGCCUAAGAUAUGGCUUUGACGGAGUUGGCGCCAACACAUCACGCCCAUCGGUUGUAUGAAAUGCCUAAGAUUUUUUUAGAGAGUGAGCGGUGCUCUUCUCUUUAUAAAAAAUAUGGCAUCAUCGAAAGAGGGAAAGAGCGGUGCUCUUCUCUUUGUAAAAAUAUUAU